AGACAGGGAGAGAGAGGGAGGGAGAGAGAGAGGGAGACCCUCCGUGUGUUCAUAUGCGAGUUCACCGUCGCUGCUCCACAAGCACCGGUCAGCGAUGACGGAGAGCCCCGCGACCAAGCCAGUGGAUGGGGAGGCGUGUGAGCGGGUGAAGAACGGACUGAAACCGGAGAGAAACGGCUUGGUGAGGAGCCUCCACCGCUGCCAUGAGCGCCAGUACAAGCGCCACUGCCUCGCCGACGAGGAGGAGGUCCACACAGCCUCCCACUAUGGCAGCCUGUACACUCAGCCCUUCAUCGAGUCCUUCGAGGAGACGCCGAUGCUGGUGGCGGUUCUCACCUACAUGGGCUACGGCAUCCUGACCAUCUUCGGGUACCUCCGCGACUUCCUCCGUCACUGGAAAAUAGAGCGGUGCUACAUCGCCCGGGAAAAGGAGGAGCAGAGGGACUUUGUGCCUCUGUACCAGGACUUUGAGAACUUUUACACCAGGAACCUCUACAUGCGGAUCAGAGACAACUGGAACAGGCCCAUCUGCAGCGUCCCCGGGGCUAAGAUGGACCUGAUGGAAAGAAUGUCAAACGACUACAACUGGACGUUUGAGUACACAGGCCGGGUCGUGCAGGAAGUGAUCAACAUGGGCUCGUAUAAUUACCUGGGCUUUGCAGAGAACACCGGCCCGUGUGCCGACUCCGUGGCCCAGGUCACCGCGGAGUACGGAGUGGGAGUGGCCAGCACCCGACAGGAGACUGGAAACCUGGACAAACACGAGGAGAUGGAGAAGCUGGUGGCUCAGUUCCUCGGUAUGGAAUCAGCGAUGGCGUUUGGGAUGGGGUUUGCGACCAACUCCAUGAAUAUCCCAGCGCUGGUUGGCAAGGGCUGUCUGAUCCUGAGUGAUGAACUGAACCAUGCGUCCCUGGUGCUGGGAGCCAGACUCUCUGGAUCCACCAUCAGAGUUUUCAAACACAACAAUAUGCAGAGUCUGGAGAAGCUGCUGAGAGAAGCCAUCGUCCAUGGGCAGCCGAGGACCCAUAGACCCUGGAAGAAGAUCCUCAUCGUGGUGGAGGGCAUCUACAGCAUGGAGGGCAGCAUCGUCCGCCUGCCAGAGGUCAUCGCCCUGAAGAAGCGCUACAGGGCUUACCUUUACCUGGACGAGGCUCACAGUAUUGGGGCCCUGGGGCCCAGAGGAAGGGGUGUGGUGGAUUACUUUGGCCUGGAUCCAUGUGAUGUGGAUGUGCUGAUGGGCACGUUCACAAAGAGCUUUGGCGCUGCAGGGGGAUACAUCGCAGGCAAGCGGGAGCUCAUUGAGUUCCUGCGCUCCCACUCUCACAGUGCCGUCUACGCCACCUCCAUGUCUCCUCCUGUGGUGGAGCAAAUCAUCACUUCUAUGAAGUGCAUUAUGGGAGAGGACGGCACAACCAUUGGCCGUGAGCGUGUGACACAGCUGGCAGAGAACACCGUGUAUUUCCGCAGGAGACUGAGAGAACUGGGCUUCAUCAUCUACGGCAACAACGACUCCCCGGUCGUUCCACUGAUGCUCUACAUGCCGGCAAAGAUCGGAGCGUUUGGCAGAGAGAUGCUGAAGAGGAACAUCGGCGUGGUGGUCGUGGGUUUCCCCGCGACGCCCAUCAUCGAGUCGAGGGCGCGCUUCUGCAUCUCAGCCGCACACACGACAGACAUGCUGGACCGGGCUCUGAGUGUCAUCAGCGAGGUCGGAGACCUUCUUCAGCUCAAGUACUCGCGACACAGAAAACGGCCCCUGGCAGCGAGGCCCCUGGCAGCGAGGCCCCUGGCAGCGAGGCCCCUGGCAGCGAGGCCCUUCCACGACAGCGUGUACGAGGACAUUGACGACUGACGACGUCAAUCAUCCGCGGAACAUCUCGACUAAAAGCCCGGGAAACGCAGAGCGGGGUCGAGACGGAGAAAAACAAACAAACACGCGUCUUCCACAAAGACCGAGAUGUCACUCGCUUCACCGUGACCUAAAGUCACCACAGAGAGAGAGAGAGAGAGAGAGAGAGAGGAACACGCUCUUCUGCCUUAUUCACUAACACUGAACACUCAACUCCCCCUUUAUUUUCUCUCUUAUCAUUUUGUGUGUGAGUGUGUGUGUGUGUGUGCGUGUGUGUGAGUGUGUGUGUGUGCGUGUGUGUGCGUGUGUGUGUGUCCAGUGCUCGUAGAACUGUCACUUCCUGUUAAAACAGACGUCAGUUUUCCAAACGUCUGAAUCUGAAUGUAAAGAAAAUGAUGAAAAACAAAGUCGUCGUUGUCUUGACUAAAGUUCAGCGAGUGUCUGUUUGAAACAAAGUGAAGAUGGAUUUCUGUUACGGAGUCUGUGUCUUGGACGUCUGUGUCUUGGACGUUGGAAACAUAGAUGCUACACUAAUAAUGAUUUCCUGCUCUCAAAUGUUCUUCACUUUGUCAACUAGGUAACAAAGGUAUCACGUUAGCUUUGUCGUAAUAUAAGACCUCGCUGACGCUGAUGAAGAUAAAUCUUUAUCACAAGUCUCAUGUGUGACCACGAUUUGUCUCACACGUCCUGCUCACAUUGAAUUGAUCGGAUUAUUGAUCUCAGUCUGUGGAUUAUGGAUUCACUUGUUUCUGAUUGGCUGUGCCGGAUUGCCGGAUGAUCCAAACGUGCUGGAUGACAGGAGGAUGUUCUGUGUGUGGUGUGUAGACUGUGCAGGAACUCACAUGUGUUUAUUGACCUUUGCAUUAUUAUCAUUAUUAUGAGGUGAUAAUGAGUCUUAUCACAGUUUCUCUGUAAUUAGACUUAUAUAACACACCUGUGUCAUUCAGCAGAGUUCCAGCUGAUGGACACGUUACAUGAUUCCACACUUUUAAAGACAGUUUAUUUCUAUUUAUCGUCAGUUAUUGUGAGUGGUUAGGUCACCAUCAUCCUUCAGUGAGACUUUCUCUGAGCAGAACUCACUGAAAAAACACUCAACAUGACACACAGCUCAGAGUGUUGUUUGUGUUGAAUUUCUAUUCUCACGUCUCCAGGCCUCCAGGGACAAAUCAACAAUCUGGAUCCAAGUCAGGAACGUUGGUUAUUUCCUGUGUUUCCUCUGAGUUCCACUGAGUCUGAUCCUCUUUCCUCUUCUGUGUCUUUGUGAAAGAACUGUGAUUUUUCAGCUCUGUCAGUGUGUGUGUGCGUGUGUGUGUGUGCGUGUGUGUGUGUGUGUGUGCGUGCGCUGUUGCCCCUUCUCUUUUUUUUUUCACCCUUCCACAAAUGCAGCUGUGAUAAAUAAAUAAAUGUACGACACUCGCAUGUGUAAAGCUCACAGUGCUGCAUGUUCAGACCUUCUUCUUCUCCUUCUUCUUCUUCUUCUUCUUCUUCUUCUUCUGUUGUUGUUGUUUUAAACUUUGACAUCAGGGGUCUCAAACUCACCCGACCUGAGCGCGACACUGAGUCUGGUCCAGUCAGGAUAAAAAUCCACUUCUAAUGUUAUUUGUGAAGAUAUUUCUAAGAAUUUCAAAAUAAAAGUGUUUGUUUUGAUAUGGAACGAUAAGUAGUUCACAAUCAAUAAAUUGAAUCUGUAAAUAAAGAAAGAAAUGACGCGUUAUAGCUUGAUAUGAAGUGGCGUUGAGUUUGAGACCUCUGUUACGUCUGAGUUAGCGUUUACUUUGUGUUCCGGGAGGUUUUUUCUAUCUAACGUGUCAUAGAAUGUAUUUUUGUUUUAGUGUCCUGAAUUACAGAGUUACAAAUGAUCGACCUCCAGCUGAAACUUUAUUUAGUGACAGUUUUAUUUCUUACAGACGUAGAAAACGUCUUUGUUUCUAAAGGUUUAAAAUAAACAAAAAAACCAUAUGAGCUAAUGUUUGAUGAAGGAAAUGCAUUUUCUCUCACUCCACACGUUGGUGUGUUGUGUUUGUUUUGUCUACUCUGAACUAACGAACCAGGGAAACAUGGCGCCUGCUUCUCUUCAAACGCUGACGAUGGUGAGACGUUACAGACAUGACAGGACGACUAUUUUCUCAUUCAGUGCCUUUUAAAGCAGACGAUUCUCAAAGAAUCCUGACCAUGGUUAAAGGGCCAGUGUGUAACAUUUAGAUGGACUUAUUUCCAUUUGGCAGAGAUGAAAAAAAGAAUGUUUUUUUGUCUGUUUCUUUGUUUUUUUUUGAUCACCUGGAUGUUUGAAUCUUUUACAUUUACGUCAGGAUGUCAACACCGUGUUUUUAAUGCACAAACGCCAUAUCCGCCUGCAACGCGCAACUUCCACCACUAGAUGUUGCUAAAUCCUACACACUGUACCUUGGAUGGAUCCCUCACUGUCUUGUGUCUCUUCAAAACUCUACUGCUAAUUAGCGCUGGGCGUGUGCGCUCUGUGUCGAUCAUAGAAACGUAUCAGAGAAUAAUAAUCCAGUAUGUAAAGUGUCCCCCGUGUUAAUGACAGUGGAGCAUUAAAGAUGAAUAAAGCUGUCUUUAAUCUUCA